AUGUAUAUGAAAUGGUUUGAUACAGAAAUGUUUUACUAUUUGAUUUUAGUGAUCUUAGUGAAUGUCACUUUUUGUCAUUUUCAAAUUUCCUGCCGUUCCGUCUCCCUGUACGUCCCGACGCUCGCAGGGAACGGAACCCAGAUGACAGAUGCCGGCAUCCACUGGAUUACAUUGCCGGGGACACUGCAGGAGGGACAUUGCGGGAGCGCAGGACAAGGUAAAUGAAGAACAGAUGCCGGAGCAACGCCGCAUGGUAAGCCCGAGUGUAGCUCGGGGUUACCGCUUUUGCUACACUCAGGAAUACCGCCAGGGAGGUUA